AUGAGGGCCCCAGCCUCCACCACUGAAACACAAGUGGUCCUUCCCGAAGCGAAGCUGAUCCUCAGGAUCAAGCUGGAGUCCCUCAGGCUCACCUACCCUGAAAAGAAGACCCUGCAGGUGCUGAGGGAUGCUGGCUCCCCUGUGAAGACUGUGCUGGCAGGGGAUUGCCAAGAGCUCAAGAAGAAGCUCAACCAAGUCCUCUACCGCCUGAAGAAGGAGUCGAAAGUUGCCCUUGAAGGCCAGGCGACAUGGCACCUCUGCGGGGAUGGGGCUGGAGCGGAAAAGACCUACAGGUUUCUGGAAGCCCAUGGGCCCCGUUAAGCCACAGCCGUUGCCCAGGCCCUGGGAAUGAAAACAACGAAAGGAGUCGUGCGAGACUUGUGUGCUUUGAGGAACAGGCGCCUUCUGGACCUUGACCAGAAUUCAAAUACACUGACAAUUUAGCAGUCAGAAGAUUCUGGGGGAAGGAAUCAGUCCACUACAGUUGUUUACCAGCAGAAUCCCAUCAACAUGAUCUGUCAAAAGGGACCAAACAGCCCCAUUUCCACUGAGAACUCCGGGGGCAUUCAGAUUGGACACGGGCACGUCACUGUGAGACAAACGGCGCCCAGGGAGAGUGGUGAGUCCUCAGAGACAGGAGCAGAAGGGGCCUCCAGGGCCCACCUGCUCUCCUGUCCACAGCCUGAAAUGGACAGUCCCCUUCCUCAGGUGUGUAGGAAGAAUUCAGAGGCUUUCCCCUCAGUCUGGCCAGGGCUUUCUGUGUGGGGGGCACCCAGAGGGUGGGGCUCAGAGGCAGAACUGCCGUGUCCCCUGCUAGGCCUGACAGCUCCCCUCUCCCUCCCUCCAGUUGCCGCUGGUCCUACAACUCAGAGUCCCCUGGCUGGAUCCUGGGGGAACCCAGACAUCCACAUGGAGAGGUGUGUAUUCAGACAGGUGCAGCUGGGACACAGCAACGAGAUGAGACUGCAUGCCCCCCACCCACCAGCCGAGUGCCCUGCCCACUGCCCCUUUGGCAGCCCCCCAGUCUCUGCCUCCACUGUCGGCCCAGAAACUUUGUUUGACGUUAGAAUGCCAGAACCAGGACCUCACGCAGACGGGGACGUUGCCCAGAGAGUCCGUGUCAGUUUGUGCUUCCUGGAGGACACUGCCAUCGGCAACAGUAGCAGCGUGGCUUGACAUCAGCCAGGGGCAGCUGGUCCGGGAGGAGCUGCAGGGCCUGAGGACAGCAGGCGGGACCCUGGGGAGCUGGGAGAGGACGCAGGUGAGCCUGGGGCCCCCCAGGGCUCCUGCGUGGUCUCUCGUCCCUCAUCCGUCCGUCCGCCCAUUCAACACUCACUCACGAGGCCCCAUUCCUCAGAGUCCAGGAGGCAGAGAGGGUCACCCCAGCGAGCAGCCACUCUGGAGUUUGAGUGUGUGGGGUCAACUCUUCCUAGCUGAACGACCUAACCUGUCACUCAGCUCUGAGCUUCUGUUUCCCCAGCUGUAAAAAUGAGGAUGAUACUCUCCUGGGGCUCCCGCAGUUUUGGUGAGGAUUAGGUGGGCUCUGGGAGUUUGGACUUGACGCUGAGCUCUGUACAAGCACAGCCCUACCCAACAUGUAUUCAAAGGAACACUCGGCAGGUCGAUGCAGCGAAGACGUUGAGGUCAUUAUGCAGGGAAGAGGUCUUGUCCUAUGGACUGAAGGAAAAGUCAUCUCAGCCACCACGAUGACCUGGGGCCACCAGAUCUUUCCCUCAUUGUAUAUCCAGUCUACAAACAUGCCGCCAGGUGUCAAGGGCUUGAAAUUGAGUUCUGCUCAUUGCUUCUGGCAUUGUCUUCCCUCUGUGGUUGGCUGAAAACUGACGGCUUGCCUCUCUGAGGUCUGUGGUCAAAUUAACCAAGUCACAUCAGUGGGGGGCCCAGAUGCAUCUCAGAACUCAGCCUCAGCCCCCACCACCAGCCCAAGCCAGAUGCUGGUUUUCCCUGCGCCG